AUGCAGCUCCUACGACGUACAACAGCUACCAUUAGUUACGCGAAGGGUUAUGCUAAAGCAGUAGUUUCUUUGAGCACGUUACGGCCGAUUUUUUCGGCCGUACGUAAGGGUGGAGUAUGCAUCAGCUUAUGUAGGUCACCUCCCCCCUCAUCGCAUCAUUACCGUACCUUUGUGACAUGUCCCAAAGUUGAGCGUUCGCUAUUAUACCUGGGAGCUAAGACUCCAUCUGAUUUAGUUCGCAUAGGUCAAGAAGCCGUUGCCGCUUCAUCUGACAUCUUUGCUGAUGUGCUCAAUCGGUCUCGGGGUGGUGACGUGGAUGGCAGGGAUUUGGUAUACACGAUCGAUCACAUAUCCAACACGCUGUGUCUGGUAGCGGAUCCGUGUGAACUGUUGCGACACGUCCACCCUGACGAUGAGUGGCGUGCCGCUGCCAAUGCGACUGUCGAGGAAGUCUCGGCAUUCAUAAGCCGCGUCAAUAUCGACGAAAAGAUGUACGAUAUAAUGACGGAUGCUUACGCCAAAUGUGGUGCCCACAUAAACAAGGAAGAGAUGCUAGUGUUCAGUCACAUGAUCGAGUCGAUGCGCAACCAGGGGGUGGGACUUCGUUCUUCUGAAAAGGCCGAGUAUUUAGAUCUACAGAGUGCAGAGGCGACACUAUCCUACGAUCUGUCUGACAGCAGCGCCUUAAAGCAUGCAGCGAUUCCGUCUAUAAACGGCCGCGCAAUCCCAAGAAAUGCAGCAGUAUAUUCUUACAUUCUUCGCAACUCACCUGAGGAGCAAGUGCGUCGCAUGAUUUGGGAGGCCCAGACAAAGAGCGACCCCGGCACGUUGAGCAAACUGCUACGUCUACAUGCAAUUCGUAGCAAGAUAUCGCAAAUACGAGGCUUCCCCAGCUUCGCUCACUGCGCGCAGAGGGAAUGCAUCCUCAAUGAGCCCGAGUCUGUGGAGAAAUUCCUACGCAAAUCUGCAUCGUCACUGAAGCAAAGGCUAUCUUUGGAGCUGCAAGAGCUUUUGGAUCUUAAGAGGUCGCAAACAUCGGCAGAUGCGUCGUUGCAACCGUGGGACUUGGAUUAUCUCAUUGGCGCAGAACGUGACAAGCUUGGAAUACAGUUGAGAGUGAGUUCCGUGAUCACGUACUUCGAGCGACUGCUCCAUGAUCUCUUCGGCAUUUCAUUGGUGCGCGACACUUCGGAACCGCUGUGGCAUCCGCUAGUUGCCAAGUACCUCUUGGUAAAAUCUAUCGGUCCCAACACAGAUACAUCGUUCAACGGAGAGAGAACGACGGAUAUAAGAGCGGAGAAUGCUACUAAGAAUAACGAUGUGGGUGAGAAGCAGGUGGAGGUGGCACAUCUCUACAUGGACCUAUUCGCCCGUGAUGGGAAGGCCAACGUCUGCGCCCAGUUCACUGUUAGGUGUUCCAAACUGCUAGGCUACCGGAACGGUGAUACAGAUGGUGUAAGUCCACUUCCAAGUGCGAUCGCUGGCCUAAAUAGUACUGACGGCCACCAAUAUGUGACUACGGAAUGCGCUGAUGGGUCGAUUCGUCAGUUUCCUGCCACAGCGGUUGUUUGCAGCUUCCCCGCCGAUCCUCAAUACUCCGAUAUAUCCAGCGCGCUUAAUGGCACAUACAUCGACGCGCAAUCUGCACAAACUCUGUUCCACGAGUUGGGCCACACCGUACAUGCACUGUGCAGCCGUACCGACCUGCAGCACCUGUCAGGCAACAGGGGCGGUGUGGACUUCGCGGAAUUUUCAUCGCAUCUAUUUGAGUUAUACUUCAUUGAUGGGUUACGGGAUAUAUGCAAGAUUGAAGGUCUUGAUUCGGAGUCAGCGGCGAAGGCAGAACUUUCAUUCCGCAAGUACAGUGCUAUAGAGACCGGUCGCAUGACGCUGUUGGCACUUCUCGACCUUAAGUUCUAUACGUUGAACAGUGAACUCAGCGUCUCCGGCAUAGAUGACCUGUACAAGUCAGUAGACGUCUUCGAUGAGGAGUUCGGAUCUAGUAAGGUCUCACGGCUGCUGGGUCUGCCCGCCCUGAGCAAUUUUGACCACCUGAUUCCCUACGGCGGCACGUAUUUCUGUUACUUGUAUUCGAGGGUGCUGGCUAUAAAGGUCUGGCGUACAUUUGAGGGCUUUAGCCGAAGCCGAGCAACUGGAGACCGGCUCUACGCAUUCUUCGAGAAGGGAUCUACGGAUGCAUCUAUAAAUCCGUUGAAUGAGUUGGCUGGUAGAGAUCUGGCAGCCAUGGAAGACGAGCUGUUCCUAGACUGA